AUGGCCAUCCUACAGUUGCUUUCUACUUCUGCAAUAAAUGCUGCUUCCCAAAUGCAUGCAGAUGCAGUAUCAAGAAAUGGAAGUGAAGGGAAAGCUCUCUGGAAAGCCAGUCUUGAUAGUCAUAGGCAAUCCCAGUUGUCAUCCUGGUCGGCUUCUUCCAAUUCUUGCAGCAAUUGGCUUGGAAUUCGAUGUAACAAAGCUGGAAGAAUAUCAGUCAUUAACAUUACUAGUUCUGGCAUUAAAGGUACACUUGAUCAUCUCAAUUUCUCGUCUCUACCCCAUCUAACUAUAAUUGAUCUUUACAAUAAUGCACUCUAUGGAAGCAUUCCAUCCCAGAUUGGUAAUCUUUCUAGACUAACCUAUCUUGGAUUGCAUUCAAAUCAUUUCACUAGUGCCAUUCCAAUUCAAAUCAGUCAACUAACCAACCUUAGGUUCUUGUACCUUUCCAAUAACUCAUGCUAUGGCCCCAUCCCCAAAGAGCUUAUGUUUCUCACAUCUCUUGUUGAACUCGUUUUGGAACUGAAUGAGUUUACAGGAUCAAUUCCUACCUCUAUUGGAAAUCUGACCAACCUAUCCAUUCUAGGCUUAGAAGCCAACAAUCUUUCAGGAAGUAUUCCUUCAGGAAUUGGAAACUUGACAAAACUCAAUCUCCUUUCUUUUGCGAUUAACCAGCUAUCAGGUCCCUUUCUAGAAGAGAUUGGAAAACUCCAAUCACUCGUCGAACUCUCUUUUGCUGGGAACAUGCUCACCGGACCCAUUCCACGGUCUGUUAGAAACUUAGGAAACUUAACUUUGCUCUAUCUUUUCAAUAAUUACAUAUCUGGACAUAUCCCCGAAGAGAUUGGAAAACUCAUAUUUCUAGAGACUCUUCCGCUGUAUAAUAACAAUCUCACAAGGAAGAUUCCUGAUUCUAUUGGCAAUAUACCGUCAGAAAUUGGUCAAUUGUCUAAACUUUUAAAUCUGAGUUUGUCCGCCAAUAAUCUAAGUGGCUUAAUUCCAGAAAAAUUAGGCGAUUGCACACAGCUAUUGGAACUGAAUUUGAGCCACAAUGCAGUCAUUGAAAGCAUUCCUUCUCAAAUAGCAAUUCUUCCCUCGCUUGCAACUCUUCAUCUCAGCCAAAACAUGUUAGAAUCCAAAUUGCCACCAGAGCUAGGCGAAUGGAAAAGCAUUGAGAAGAUGAAUCUUUCACAUAAUAGGAUAACAAGAACCAUCCUCUCUAGCUUUGAUCAUAGCUUCAGUUUGAUUUCGAUUGAUAUAUCCUACAAUCAAUUGGAAGGUCCUCUUCCCAACAUUACUGCAUUUCAAAAAGCUCCAUUUGAUGCCCUGAGAUACAAUAAAGAUUUAUGUGGCUGUGAAAUUUGUUCACUAUUUGGAGCUUUGAUGGGAAAAUGGUCUAUGAAAACAUCAUCAAUGCAACAGAAAAUUCCCAAGUAUUGCAUCGGAGUGGGAGGAUGUGGAAGUGCUUUUAGAGCAGAGUUGCCAAAUGGUCAAGUUGUUGCCGUCAAGAAACUCCAUGCAACAGAUGGGGUGCCUUGA